AUGAAUCUUUGCUUUCAAGGAGGUGGAGGUCUCCUGUUCCUGCACCGUAAUGACGCCACGGCCCACUUCCCCACUGAUCUUGGUGUGGCCGAUGAUUGUGCCGAAUGUGAUACAUGCCAUCCAUCCGCCAUCGCAUUCCACCAGAAGUGCAUCACGCAUCCAGGUGGGCUUCCAGCAGCUGUGACCGGCACCCGGUCCCUUCCGAAGAUCACCGCCAACUCGGCAAUGGGCGAAGAGAGUCGUUUCAGUGGCAGGAAGAAGCCUAUCGUUGCCGAGAGGGUCCUGGGAAUGGUGAAGUGGUUUAAUGUCAAGAACGGCUACGGCUUCAUCAAUCGCAACGACACUCACGAGGACAUCUUCGUCCACCAGACGACCACCACGCGCAACAACCCACAGAAGCUGCCGCGCAGCGUUGGCGAAGGUGAGACCAUCGAGUUUGACGUCGUGAUCGGCGAUCAGGGCUGCGAGGCAGCCAAUGUGACCGGACCCGAUGGUGAGCCUGUUCAGGGUAGCCCGUACGCGGCCAACAGGCGCCCGUUCCGACCCCGCUGGAUUCCACGUAGCAAUCAACGAAGGCGCGGGCCGGCGUCAAGGCGUGGCGGAGGAGACGAUCGAAGGUAG